AUGGCAGCACAUGGAUAUGGCGGUGUAGAAUUUCUGAUUGGUGGCCUGGCAACUUCUGGGGCAUGUCUGUUUACGAAUCCACUCGAAGUGGUGAAAACACGCAUGCAGUUGCAAGGGGAGCUACGCACUCAUGGGCAGUAUGCAAUUCAUUAUCAGAAUGCUUUUCGUGCAUUCAUAACCAUUGCUCGAACAGAUGGGCUGCUGGCUCUUCAGAAUGGACUUGUCCCUGCUUUAUGGUACCAGUUUUUUAUGAAUGGGACUAGACUUGGAGCAUUCCAGGUACAGGUCAACCUCGGCCUAACCAAGGACAAAAAUGGCAACCACAGUUUUAUUCGCAGUGUAGCAGCAGGAGCAUUUGCUGGUUGCAUUGGAGCUGUGAUUGGCAGUCCUUUCUAUUUGGUGAAAACCCAUCUGCAAGCCAAAGCCAACAAAGAAAUUGCUGUAGGACAUCAGCAUCCACAUGAGUCCAUGACGCAUGCACUAAAGAGUAUAUAUAAAGAACAUGGCACUUUAGGAUUGUGGCGAGGGGGUAGUGCUGCUGCAGUGCGAGUGACAGUGGGAUCUGCCUCCCAGUUGUCAACAUUUUCAUAUGUCAAAAACUUCAUAGAAGGAACCAAGAUCUUCACACCAAACAGUAUCCUGACCACAUUUGCUGCCAGCAUGGUGGGAGGCGUUGCUGUAACAGCUUUUAUGACACCCUUUGAUGUCGUGUCUACCAGACUUUACAACCAGCCGGUGAAUCCGUCUGGCCGGGGUGCCACAUAUUCAGGGAUUCUCAAUUGCUUCUAUCAGAUAUUUCGUUCCGAAGGCUUGUGGGGUUUCUACAAGGGUUGGGGAGCAUCGUACCUCAGACUUGGUCCUCAUACAACAAUAGGUUUAGUACUCUGGGAUGAGUUUAGGAAGUUGUAUGGGAAAUGGAAGGAUUCACAGGUGGCAGACAAGUCAUAG